AUGCUGCCACUGCCCCAACGCCGCCUGAAGCGGCUCAAACUCGGCCAGCUGGCGCCGCCGCCGCCGCUGGAGCCGGGCCUGCCCCACUCGCCGGGGCCACCUGAGGCCGUUAGCAGCGCUAAUGGCGCCGAGGGCGCCGAAGGAGCCACCACUGGCCCCGCCACCCACGACCCGGCCCUGUCCACCGAUGAGCAGUCGCCGUCGCCGCCGGCACCGCUCCAUGACCACACGUCCCCUGAAGGCGAUGCCAGCAACAAGCCGUCGCCAGAGACUGCCAGCUCGUCCAAUUCGCCGGCAGCGGCGCCAGCGCUAGCGCCGAUAAAGACCGAGGCGACAUCAGCCGGCUUUUCACGAACUAGCCCUCCGCCAGACCCCCCGAGAAAGAAGAACCUGCGCCGGAAACACCGCAACUCCCACUUAGGGUGUGGCACCUGCAAAAAGCGCCGGAUCAAGUGUGACGAGAACUUGCCCUCGUGCCACAACUGCCUCAAGGGCAAGUUGCACUGCGCCUACCUCAGCAUGGACGUCAACCAGCGCAACCAGCUCCGCAUGGCCCAGUACAACCAGCUGCUAAGACAGGAAAAGCUCGACGCCGCCCACGCGGUGGCGGUGGCAGCGGUCAAUGGCCUCCCCCCGCCGCGGCUGUCGCUGACCCUGCCGAAAUUGGGGCUCCAAGUAUACCCGACGCCGGCGCCCAUGGCGCCCGGGGUUCCCUUCGCUGGCGCCGCCCAAGUAGGCCAGCCGAUCAUCGUGCUGACGCCCUACGGGCCUAGUAUCGCCACCACCUCGAUGGUGACGCCGUCGGGGGCGCCGGUGCCCAUCGCCAUGCUCCCGCCGCAGGCUGGUGGCCAGGCGGGUGGCCUCUACUACAUGCCCGUGAUGCAACAACUGCCACCGCCGCCGCCGCCACCGCCCCCUCAUCAAGCUCCUCCCCCUCAUCAAGCUCCUCCUCCUCCUCCUCCCCCUCCCCCUCAAGCGGGUGGGGCUGUGGUGUCGGCGGCAGCAGCACCCCCUGCUCCCCCCUCGUCGUCGGCGCUGGCGCUGAUCCUCGCGGCGCCGGUGCCGCCCACGUUGCCGCCGUUGCGCCCGCCGCCAGCAGUGCUGGUGAAGACGGAGGAAAUCAAGCUCCCGCCAAUUCAGGUUAAAGAUAAUAAGGUGCGGGUGUCGAGUUUGCUUUUAUAG